UUAACGAUUAAGUGAAUUUUACGCUUUAUAAAUAAAUAAAAUAAUACAAUAAUAGAACAAUUUUAUCCAACCAGUUUUUUGUGAUUCAUACAAUUCAUAUAAAUUUGUACAAAUUCAUGCAAGAACGUGUUCGAUUAUAUAUAUAUAAGUACAUAUAUAUGUUAUUUGCCCGGUGCAGUGUAUGCUCACAUAAGUUUAAAGUUUAAAAUACAAAAUAUAAUAUAUAAAAACUAUAAUAAUUAUUAUUUAUAAUCUUUAAUAAUGCGAUGGUCAAUUCCAAAACCAGUUUAUUAUGCAUCAAUAAUUGCAACAACAGUUGGUACAAGCUACCUAAUAAAAGAUUAUUUAGGUGGGACAAAAUAUGAAGGAAAAGAAGAUUUAAAAGAUAAAGUUGUAAUUGUUACCGGUGCGAGUUCUGGUAUUGGUAAAGAAACAGCUCGUGAAUUAGCUGCAAGAAACGCAAAAGUUAUCCUAGCUUGUAGAAAUAAAGAAAGAUGUGAACAGGCACGUAGAGAAAUUGUUGUCGAAACCAAAAAUAAACAUGUUUAUUGUAGAAAAUGUGACUUGGCAUCUCAAGAAAAUAUACGACACUUUGUUAAUCGAUUUAAGAAAGAAAAUUCUCAACUUCAUAUACUUAUUAACAAUGGUGGUGUAAUGCGAUGUCCAAAAAGUUAUACCAAAGAAGGUAUAGAAAUGCAGCUGGGUGUAAAUCAUAUGGGACACUUUUUGCUUACAAACUUAUUAUUAGAUGUUUUAAAAGAAUCGGCACCAUCAAGAAUUAUAAAUGUUUCAAGUAAUGCACAUUUAAAUGCAAAACUUAAAGUCAAAGAUUUAAAUAGUAUGGAAAAGUAUGAUCCUUUUGAAGCGUAUGGACAAAGUAAAUUAGCCAAUGUUCUAUUUACAAAAGAAUUAGCAAAUAAACUAAAAGGAACACAAGUCACAGUUAAUGCAGUUCAUCCAGGGACUGUUGAUACAGAAAUAACAAGACACAUGAUAAUAUUUAAAGUUCUUUUCUUAAGAUAUUUGAUUAAACCAUUUAUAUGGCCUUUUAUAAAGUCACCUAAACAAGGAGCUCAAUCUAUUUUAUAUGUUGCAUUAGAUCCUAGCCUUGAAAAUGUCACGGGCUCUUUUUUCAGUAAUAACGAAAUUUCUAACGUUUCUGAUGAAGCUAAAGAUGAUAAAUUGUCAAAAUGGUUAUGGUUAGUUAGUGAAAAAUGGACAAAGUUAAAUGUCACUUAAGACUGUUUAUUACCUUUUACUCGAAGAAUGCGUGACUUUAACGAAAUAUAUGGACAAAAUAUGAACUAAAAGCACUACAAGGAAGCCCCUAUAAAAUAUCAGUGUUCAAACUUAUGUUACUCCCUUUCACAUUAAUUUGGACUGUAGCAUUUGGUUUACAGCUUGAACUUAUACUUUUCAAUCACUCAUCUAUACAUUAGAUAGGAUGUAAUACAACUAUGAUUGACGACAAAUCUACAAAAAGACUUAUAAUUAAUAUUAUUAGCAACAUAUAGUAAUUAAUAUAUACAUUUCUAGUGAAAAAAAAAACAAAUUUUGUCGAUGAUUUGAUGAAUGUUUUGUGUUAAAUAAUAAUUAUAAUAAACAUUUGCAUAUUAUACAAUACUUUAAUAAAAAUCAAAAUUCAUA